UUCCAAAGGGAGCUGUCCGCCAAAUUCAAACAGCCACACGAGACAAAGUUAAGGACAGUAACCAGCCUGGAUACAAAAUAACGACGUAUUACGUUACCUUAAAGUUCUCACAAUGACGUCCACUACUGCUGUUAGCGGGGUCUGGAGGUCGCAUGCUGUCCUCGAUGAGUCGGACCCUGACUGCUCGCCCGAAGCACCGCAGCAAUUUAAGAAGAUUCGCUCCUCCAGCUCACUGAAUUCACUGAGAAUGUCUCUGCGCAAACGACUGCCUUUGAAUCCAGUGCAGUCCAACGUCAACAUCUCCGAGAAUCCCACCUGGGAGUCUCUUCAGAUUAAUCAAAAGGCUAGUGCUGUCCGCAAAAUGACCCGCGGUGCAAAAAACUCAAUAGGGAACGUCUAUCAGAGGUUUCAAAGGUGCAGACAGUCACGUCAAGAGUGUCUGGUGAUGACACCCGGUAGAAUAUCUGAAGGGGAGGAAUAUGAUUGCACUCCGAAACGAUCUGCUGCCCCUACUACAAUCACCCCCAGGCGAACUCCAAGGUCAACCAGCAAGCGAACUCCUCGAGGGGCCUCUACCCCAGAUGCCAGUGUCUCUUCAGUUAGGACAGCGAAGACCAGGGGCACCAGGAGGCAGCUGGUACGCAUGGCAGCACUGAAAAGCCCUUUUGCCUCACCCUACACUAUGAACCGCAGGAGGCAGUUUGAUGAGGAUCUGGAUUGUGUGUCUAAAGGCUUCCAGCGGCUGAAGCGUCUCUCUCAAGCUUUUGAUGAUGCUAUUGGGAGUCAUGACCGCAACAGAUUCAGGGACUGUCUUAUCAUGGAGUAAAACUGAGGGUCCAGGCCAUGGAGCACUACCAAACAGUUAUGACUAUGGGCCACAGCUCCACCAAGAGCAAUCUUUCCAGAGGACUGAACAGGGCUUCCAUCUGAAAGCAGACCCAACGUGUACAGCAUGCAGUAAGCAGCUGGACUGAUGAAGCCCUGUCAAAUAUCCGCAAGGCCCCUUAAAAAAGGGACCAUUGUCAUGUUUUCCUUAUGCUUUCAAACUCAUUUUCUUGUAUGUGUACGUGCCAGAAGAGGCCUUGUCCAGUAUUUUGAAGGGACAGUUUCUUAUCAUUGAUUGUUAUGCUGUCUGUAUCUUUUAAGUGUUUAAAGCAAUGGGCAACUAUUGUUGUUUUAGAAACAAACAUACUGUAUGGGAACAUUUGCGUAUAGCAUGAUGUGCAUGAUUAUAGUUAAUGCACCUUUAUGGGUCACUUCCCUUACAUACUAAAGCUGUUUAGUAAUUCUAAACAAUUUCUUGUGAGAAAAAAAAAUGUGAAUACUAAAUAAAUGUAGCUUAUAAAGAGGUCAAGCUUUGGGAUGAGAAGAAAUGCUGAAAGUUAUUCCUCAACAACAGUAUUCAGGGAUUUUGUUUGGUCUACAAUAUUUUGAAAAUAAUGUGAAUAUCCCCUUUUUGUAAAAAUAUUGCUGCCUAAAACUAACAUGGUGCGAUUCUGUCUUCUUGACUGGGAGACAUUACUAUUGCUACUAUGUUUAUUAACUGUUUUAACCUCUUUAGUUUCAUUUUAACUGUAUUUAGUUUAGGACUUAACUCAUUCUAAUAUAGGGUUUUAAAGGCUAAGGAAAAUGCUAAUUGUACAAUAAUUAGAGGAAAUAUCCUACAAUUGUUGGCAAUUAAUAAAGUGCAUAUUAUAAAAUGCACCAUAAUCACACAUUGUACAUGCAUAGUGAUGAAUACAUAUUGCAAAAUGACAGCAUUGUCCAAUAAGAUCAUUCAUUGUACAAUUGAUUGUCUAUUCAGCUGUGGUAAUAUGCCUUUGAGUUUAAAUGACUAUAUUUGCAGUAAUAUUAUUUGGCAAAAUAUGUAUAUUUUUAAGGGAAAAAAGACAGAAGCAGAAUUGUUUACCUUUUAUACCUAAUAAAAAUACUUUUCCAUAA